AUGGACCUGAUCGACCAGCCGAGCUGGGCACACGCUCCAUCUGCGCCCACGGCAGACCCAAGUGUGUCGGAGAACGUCCGGGAGAGAGAAACAUUCAAAUACGACGACCUCGGAUGGACGUCCGCGAAUCUCAACGACCCGCACGACCCGGUGCCGCCUGCCACCCUCGCCUCGGCCACGGACCCGAGCCUGACCGCAUACGCACAGCUCGCCGUGCACAGGCUGAACGCCACGCGAGCCCUUAUCUCGUUAUUCGACCGGGACCGCCAACAUGUUGUCGCCGAGGCGACACGUUCGUCGCCCUUGGGUGUCCGCGAGCCUGCCCGGCGCAUGAGCAUCACGGACGGCGACCACGAACCCAGCAGUGAACAGGAUGUCGGGGAUGAUAGCCUUUGGCUUUGCGGUACCGCUAUACCGCGGUCCUUUGGGAUAUGCGAGCAUGUGCUUGUCUCUUCGGCCAGUCCUUCUGUCGACGGAUCCCCGGAAGCAGAGGCCGACUCCUCCGCUGCUGACGAACUGCCAGUGUCAGUCGUGCCUGACCUGGCGGCCGACGGGCGGUUCCACAACAGGCCGUACAUUCACGGCAGCCCAUACAACAGGUUCUACGCCGGUGUCCCUAUACGCACCCCGGGGCCGGACGGCAUAAACAUUGGCGUGUACUGCAUCUUCGACACGACGCCCCGGCCGGAAGGGCUGACCAGCGACGACAUCAAGUUCAUGCGAGACAUGUCGCGGACAAUAAUGGGUUAUCUUGAGUAUCGGGGCUCGUAUGGGAAGUACCAGAAGUCGGAGAGGAUGGUGCGCGGCAUGGGGAACUUUGUUGAGGGCUCAGACUCGCUUGAUCCCGCCCUCGAAGGCCCGACGCGUGGGCUGGGGCGCUCGAGCAAGCGGACAUCACGGCUCGUGAUCUCGGCUGAUAUCUCGACGGAGAGAGUCAAGAGGAAGGAAGAAAUCCCCGCCAAGCGGGAGGGGCCGCCUUUGCUGCCGAUCAGGACUGCCGCCACGGCCAAUGUCGGGGAUGAGGAAGCACUCAUAUCCUCUGGUCCGCGAAGUCCAGCUGUGUCGACGACCGAGGCUUCUCCGACAGGCGGCAAGGCAAGUCCUUUGCUAGGACCUCGAGGCAUGACCGUGUCUGCUAACGCUGGGUCCAAGGCGUCGUGGAGCCUGGCCCCGGACGAUUCUUCAAGGUCUUCGACGCCGCGGCCCGACUCGCGGCACUCCGCAGCGAGCACAAGCACGCAGCAGCCCGCCGUCGCACAGGUCAGCUCAGCCGACCUGCAGCUGGCCGAGUCGAGCCGGGUGUUUGCGAAGGCGGCAAACAUUAUCCGUCAGUCUGUGGAAGUGGAUGGCGUCUUGUUUCUUGACGCGACUGUGCGAUCAUUUGGUGGCCUCGUGGGUCAACAGAAUAAUGACACGAGCGGGCGGAAGGUGUCGACGGUCGGCCUGGACAAUAUCAACUAUCUGAGCAACGACGAGGAUGCGACGAGUCAAACACAGUCAGCAGGGAGGAGGGAGGACUACUGCAAUGUCCUCGGCUACUCGACCACGCAGGGAUCGACUAUCGGCGGAGAUCGCUCACCGUGGCAGUUUGAGGGACUCCGGGACAGGAACCUGCAGAGGCUGCUUAGACGAUACCCCCAGGGCAAGAUAUUCAAUUUCGAUGCUGAUGGAAGCGUAAUCCAGACAGCAAGUGCUCGAGACCCCAACGCUGCCACGCCCGGCAUGCCCCUCAAACGGCCAGCCUCUCCUACGCGGCAGUGGUCACGAGACAGCCAGGACCCAGAAGAUAUUCACCUAGCCGCCACUUCCGCGCAAAAGACAGCUACAACACAGAAGCGCUGGAGCCCUGCUCAAGCCGUCGUCAACCUUUUCCCCGGCGCGAGGAGCGUCGUCUUGAUACCGCUCUGGGAUGGGCAGAAGAAGCGCUGGUCUGCGGGAGGGUUCGUCUGGACGAGAAACCCGACGCGAGUUUUCACGACCGACGGGACGGUGACUUUCUUGCGGGUGUUUGGUCUGAGUAUAAUGGCUGAGCUCUACCGACUAAAUACGAAAGCCGAGGAGACGAUCAAGAGCAAUAUUCUCGGGUCCAUUUCGCACGAGCUGAGGAGUCCUCUCCACGGACUAGUUGGCGCUGUGGAAUUACUGCACGACUCGAAGCUUGAUAGUGUGCAACAAAACGUGCUAAAUAUCAUCGAGACAUCGGGCAAGACCCUGGUCGAUACCAUCAACCACCUGCUCGACUACAGCAAGAUAAACAGCUUCAUAGAAAACGACCGGGCCGACAUGGGCAAGAAGAACAGCGUGCUGGGCAAGGUAAACGCCCAUCCCGGCGAGCGCUCAGAGCAGGGCAAGACGAGGACUCAGACGCUGCCGGUCGAGCUGGACUGCCUGGUUGAGGAGGUUGUCGAGAGUGUUCUUGCGGGGUACAGUCACGAGCGAAUGUCUGCCCAAAGAUCACUACGAGACGACCUGGAAUAUACGAGGUCACAACGGCCGUCUACGGGAGCGGUCGAUCCAUCCCAGGAGCGCGUGCAAAUAUUCCUCGAUAUCGAAAAGUCUACGUCGUGGCGUUUCGACACUCACCCAGGGGCGUUCCGGAGGAUCGUGAUGAACUUGUUCGGCAACUCUCUAAAGUUUACCCGGUCUGGCCUCAUCAAGGUCAGCCUCACGCAGGAAGCGGCCAAGCCCUAUCAGCACAAUGUUGGAGCAACCAUUUUGCUCACUGUUUCGGACUCCGGCAAGGGCAUCAGCGAGGACUAUAUCCAGAACCACCUGUUCACACCGUUCUGCCAAGAGGAUAACUUCGCGCCAGGAACAGGUCUUGGCUUGAGUCUGGUAAGGCAGAUCACUGUCAACCUAGGGGGGGAGAUCAAAGUCGCCAGCCAAGUUGGCCGAGGCACCACCAUCACAGUAUCACUGCCGCUACCAUUCACAGGGGACGCGCCAGUUCCCGGAGAUCCAACGGGAUUCCGAGAGGCUGUGCAGACCCUCAGAGGACGAAAAGUGCUUCUGCGGGGCUUCGAAUCGCCCGACUCAGAGGAGAACCGUCACAGCUCGACCGCCCUGCAAGAGAUGGGCAAGCUCGUCGAAUCACAGGCGCACUUCCUCGAGAGCACAUGCCGCGACUGGCUGUCCAUGGAGGUCCUCGACCCCAGCAAACCACCGAGCCAAGAGCAGCAGCCGGACCUCAUCAUACACCACGACUCAAACGUGUCCUUCACCGACGGCGAGCGCAUCGCAGGCGAAGCCGAGUGCCCCGUCUUCUUCGUAUGCGAGGCAUUAGUAGCAACACGCAACUUCUCAUACAACCUGCCCGACGCCGCCAGCCGCAUCCGCACCUUCGAGUUCUUCGCGCCCCCGUUCGGGCCCCGCAAGCUCGCCAGGGCCCUCGUGCACCUGCUGGGGAUGUGGACGACGAAGCAGGAACAGGCGGCGCAGCAGCUGGUCCCGCACCACACGACCUCCGUCGAUGUCCUGCCGACCUCGGCGACGAAAGGCACGCAGGUCGACAGCCCCGUGGCCGGCAGGCGCAGGGCCAGCCUCGUGCCUGAGCGCGAGGAGAAGGAGGGCCAUGGCGUGACCGUUGUCACCUCCAAGCGCGCGACUGUCGUCGCGGCUACAGCGACGCCCAAGACCGCUGCUGAGACGGAUCCGACGCCGCUGCCGACACCGCCCGAGGAGUCGACGCUCGGCGGCACCGUGGCUGUCAUGACCCCUGUCGUCGAGAGGGCGAAUCCGAUGGAGACGGCUGUCAAGCCGGCUUCUGUGCUCAUUGUUGAUGACAAUGCUAUCAAUCUCAAGAUCUUAUCAGCUUAUAUGAAAAAGCUGAAGCGGCCCUACGUGACGGCUAUCAACGGUCUCGAGUCAUCGGAGAAGUACGCACACUGCCCGUCAGACUACUGCUGCAUCCUGACGGAUAUCUCCAUGCCCGUCAUGGAUGGCCUCGAGUCAGCACGCCGGAUCCGCCAGCACGAGAGGGCAAACAGGCUGGAUCAGACUCCCAUUAUCGCGCUGACGGGCCUCGCAGGCGCGGGAAUCCAGCAGGACGCGGUGGCUAGCGGCAUCGAUAUGUUCCUCACGAGGCCGGUGACGCUGAAGCGCUUGGUCGAGGCGUUGGAGUCGGUGGGACUGGAGUGCAAGGCUACGUAA